AUGGAAGCUGCAAAUUAUCUUCUCACAAGGGAGGAAGCUGACACGGUGGAAAAGGAGCAACUCGAUGUAUUCGAACAGGUAGAUACUCUAACGGCGAAAUGGCGCAAAAGACUUAUGCACCAACAAAUGGUGAAAGAAAAUAUUAUAUCAGGAUUGGGGCAGAAAAAAGUGCUGUAUUCCAAUCACGUGUCAUCGGCGAUCAAAUUGCCUGGAAACUUAGCAACUCUACCUAGAGAACUGUGGGAUGAAGAAUAUUACAAAAAUGGAAUGUGGAGAUCAAAGCCUCGAAAUAAGCCAUUAAUACCCAGUACGGCUUGCAUAUUAGAUAUGCCUGACGCCCGAAGACUUUCACGAUUCGAUUACUGUUUAGUCGACUGGAGUUCGAAAGACGUAAUAGCAGAGGCAAAUCAGGAUACAGUAACAUUUUUUGAUGUCACCACGCCUCAAGUAGUCGGACAAUUGGAUAAAGUGGGAGCCGUUAAUGUUUCUGCGCUGAAAUGGAACCAUGCUGGUGAUCUAUUAGCCAUUUGCACUUUACCGUCCAUAAUCGAAUUAUACGACAUGCGGAAAGAAAAAAAUAUCUGGACUAGAACAUGUAAGACUGUGGCUAGCUUGAGCUCAGAUUACGGUCGUUGCAUCUGCUGGUCUCAGAAUGAUCAACAGAUUGUCGUGGCCAGCACAGCACUGAUUACAUCGUACUCGGCGAAAACAGGUCGUGCAAUUAACUGGAUAGCGGCGCACACUUCGACAAUAUUAGCGAUGACCUUCUCGCACAACUAUCAUUAUCUUGCGUCUUCUGGAAUGGAUUUAAAUAUUCGCAUCUUUGUGUGGCCAGAAUUGGCACCGUUUAUCGACAUUAUCUACUAUAAUCCUGUUAAAGCGUUAGCUUGGCACCCGCAAGAAAGCGGCUUAUUAUGCGUAGGUGGUGGCUUGGGCGACGCUUCGCUGUCGCUCUGGGACGUGAACAAGUUGGAUCCAGUGAGUUAUCGUCUCGUUGAAUUUUAUGGUGCCGUGGAGAACUUAGCCUGGAACAAGCGCAGUGGAGAGCUGGUCGUUCAGUGGUCCUACUGGGAAGACGAGAAUCGAUACACUAUCAUGCCGGUUCUCGCAAGCCUUGAUCGGAUUGUCGAUGUGCUUCCGAUAAAAAAGGAUGUGCGAAUCAGAUCCAUCAUGUGGAACGCUGAACAUAUACAAUUAGGUGUCAAAUGCGAAGAAAGUUUAUCUAUGUGGAAUUUCUUUGGCGACGAGUACGAGUACCGUCACAAGUGGCAAAAGCACCGCAAAACAGAGGGAACAAAGAAUGGAACGAUAUCUAUGAACUCAAAAGAAUUCAACCGUUUCACCAUACGAUAA